UCCAUAUGUGUUAUUUCAUAGUUUUGAUGUCUUCACUAUUAUUCUACAAUGUAGAAAAUAGUAAAAAUAAAGAAAAACCCUUGAAUGAGUAGGUGUGUCCAAACUAGCAUACAUGUUGAUGAAAGGGUGCGUUUUAUUAACAGGAAUUGAGGCCUAGUAUAACCAUGCCACUGUCUCGCUAGCAUGUUGUUGGAACUGGGUUGUUGUUCCCUAGUUGACUUAUUGAACAUACCUCAACUGUGUUGUUGAGUUAUUAAACAUACCUCUAGUCCUUGAGAUGUAUUAUUUAUAGGAGAGGAGAAGUACUACAGAGCUGUUAUAGUAUUAUAGGAGAGAGAAGUACUAUACAGUAUUAUAGGAGAGAGAAGUACUAUACAGUAUUAUAGGAGAGAGAAGUACUAUACAGUAUUAUAGGAGAGAGAAGUACUACAGAAGUACUACAGAGCUGUUAUAGCACUAUAGGAGAGAGAAGUACUACAGAGCUGCUAUAGUACUAUAGGAGAGAAGUACUACAGAAGUACUACAGAGCUGUUAUAGUACUAUAGGAGGUGAGAAGUACUAUACAGUAUUAUAGGAGAGAGAAGUACUAUACAGUAUUAUAGGAGAGAGAAGUACUACAGAAGUACUACAGAGCUGUUAUAGUACAAUAGGAGAGAGAAGUACUACAGAGCUGCUAUAGUACUAUAGGAGAGAGAAGUACUACAGAACUGUUAUGGUACUAUAGGAGAGAGAAGUACUACAGAGCUGUUAUAGUACUAUAGGAGAGAGAAGUACUACACCAGUCACAGACACACUCAUAUGAUGUCAGUACGUCCAUUAGCCUACAGGACUUGCUGGGGAUGUGUCUUGUCCUAGGAAUCGAUUUCAAGUCUCAAGGACCACAGUUGUCCGUUUUUGGAGACAUGAGAACGUUGAAUUUAAUUUGUUAUUCCUAUCGAAAAGGUCCCUUCUGAUUUUAGCUUAACAUUAGCGUUCUGAUGUUACACUGUUAAAUUGCAUUGCUGGGAUCAAGACAGAUGUAUGACCAUAUGUAGUCAUGUUACUCAUUCUGUGGGUUUACCUGCCAGCGGGUUUGGUGCAACUGUCUUCACCUCCAAUUCCUCUGUGAAAGGCCAUUUCUCUAUUGAAACCUAUACAUUUUAGUCAUACGCUCUUAUCUAGAGCGACUUACAGCAAUGAAGGCAUACAUUUCAUUUCAUGCAUUUUUUUUGUACUGGCCCCCCCCCGUGGGAAUCGAACCCACAACCCUGGCGUUGCAAACACCAUGCUCUACCAACUGAGCCACAGGGAAAUAUAUCAGAGUAUAGAACCCUAAAACUAGGGCUCUAUUCAAUCCGUAUCGUGGAAGUUCAGCGUUGCAGCGUGAUUUACAUUUAAAGGGAAUGUUUUUUUUUUCGUGAGUGGAGACUGCAUUCGUGCUAAACGCUGAAUACUGUAUGUUAGCUGAAUCGGAUAUCACCGUGGCUUUUCUGUCACACAGUGUGUAAGGCUUCUAGGGAUCCAGACUGAAUAUAGAGAGCCUCUGAUCUGAGGCCAGCCAUCUCGUUAGAUCUAACUCCUUCCUUCUGUCAAAGGCCAUUCUCCUACUAAAUUACAGAACCUAAAGCCUUUCUUUUUAAACCUACUAAAUGAGAGAGUGAGUGAAUCCUAAUGUCUUGGUCUAGAAACCUCUAGUAAAUCCUGUCUUGGUGUAGAAACCUCUAGUAAAUCCUGUCUUGGUCUAGAAACCUCUAGUAAAUCCUGUCUUGGUCUAGAAAUCUCUAGUAAAUCCUGUCUUGGUGUAGAAACCUCUAGUAAAUCCUGUCUUGGUGUAGAAACCUCUAGUAAAUCCUGUCUUGGUCUAGAAACCUCUAGUAAAUCCUGUCUUGGUGUAGAAACCUCUAGUAAAUCCUGUCUUGGUCUAGAAACCUCUAGUAAAUCCUGUCUUGGUCUAGAAACCUCUAGUAAAUCCUGUCUUGGUCUAGAAAUCUCUAGUAAAUCCUGUCUUGGUGUAGAAACCUCUAGUAAAUCCUGUCUUGGUGUAGAAACCUCUAGUAAAUCCUAAUGUAUGGUUAUGUCCUCUCCCAGUCUCCAUGUUGCAUCAAUAGGUGCAAAUAAUCUCCCAUUGAAGAACAGGGAGCAGAAAGGGUCUGGGUUUGGCUCCAACAGAAAGCAGGGUCAGGCAGGGAGGGUUUGGCUCCAACAGAAAGCAGGGUCAGGCAGGGAGGGUUUGGCUCCAACAGAAAGCAGGGUCAGGCAGGGAGGGUUUGGCUCCAACAGAAAGCAGGGCCAGGCAGGGAGGGUUUGGCUCCAACAGAAAGCAGGGCCAGGCAGGGAGGGUCUGGGUUUGGCUCCAACAGAAAGCAGAGUCAGACAGGGAGGGUUUGGCUCCAACAGAAAGCAGGGCCAGACAGGGAGGGUUUGGCUCCAACAGAAAGCAGGGCCAGGCAGGGAGGGUUUGGCUCCAACAGAAAGCAGGGCCAGGCAGGGAGGGUUUGGCUCCAACAGAAAGCAGGGCCAGACAGGGAGGGUUUGGCUCCAACAGAAAGCAGGGCCAGGCAGGGAGGGUUUGGCUCCAACAGAAAGCAGGGUCAGGCAGGGAGGGUUUGGCUCCAACAGAAAGCAGGGUCAGACAGGGAGGGUCUGGGUCCAACAGAAAGCAGGGCCAGACAGGGAGGGUUUGGCUCCAACAGAAAGCAGGGCCAGGCAGGGAGGGUCUGGGUCCAACAGAAAGCAGGGCCAGACAGGGAGGGUUUGGCUCCAACAGAAAGCAGGGCCAGGCAGGGAGGGUUUGGCUCCAACAGAAAGCAGGGCCAGGCAGGGAGGGUCUGGGUCCAACAGAAAGCAGGGCCAGGCAGGGAGGGUUUGGCUCCAACAGAAAGCAGGGUCAGACAGGGAGGGUCUGGCUCCAACAGAAAGCAGGGCCAGGCAGGGAGGGUCUGGGUCCAACAGAAAGCAGGGCCAGACAGGGAGGGUCUGGCUCCAACAGAAAGCAGGGCCAGACAGGGAGGGUCUUGGCUCCAACAGAAAGCAGGGUCAGGCAGGGAGGAUCUGGGUUUGGCUCCAACAGAAAGCAGGGUCAGACAGGGAGGGUUUGGCUCCAACAGAAAGCAGGGUCAGACAGGGAGGAUCUGGGUUUGGCUCCAACAGAAAGCAGGGCCAGGCAGGGAGGGUUUGGCUCCAACAGAAAGCAGGGCUAGACAGGGAGAGAUCUGGGUUUGUUUGGCUUAAAUCUGAUUCUCUCCAUUCAUCUUCUGUAUACAAGAAUGUAGAGAGGGAUGGAGAGAUCAAAGAUAACCUUUUUUCUAACGAAUGAGAGAUGGAUGUUAUUUCUCUGGAAGGAGGAAAAAGGAUUCUGUUUCAAACACAGACACAUGAAAGCUCUGGGCAGACAGACGGACUGGCAGAGAGUCCGUCUGACCCAGCCCAGAAGGCCUACUGUAAGGGACGUUCAGCGCUCUCGAUCUGUAGACUAAUUGGACAAUGAUUGGUCCCCACGGCGUGGUAUUCACAGAAUCAAAUCAAAUCAAAUUUAUUUAUAUAGCCCUUCGUACAUCAGCUGAUAUCUCAAAGUGCUGUACAGAAACCCAGCCUAAAACCCCAAACAGCAAGCAAUGCAUGUGAAAGAAGCACGGUGGCUAGGAAAAACUCCCUAGGAAAAACUCGGUGGCCAGUCCCAGAAUGGAUAACUAGCUAGAUGGACAUCUAUAACAGAACCAUGUUGUUGGGUCUCGUCUCGUGUUCCACUCUAUAACAGAACCAUGUUGUUGGGUCUCGUCUCGUGUUCCACUCUGUAACAGAACCAUGUCGUUGGGUCUCGUCUCGUGUUCCACUCUGUAACAGAACCAUGUCGUUGGGUCUCGUCUCGUGUUCCACUCUGUAACAGAACCAUGUCGUUGGGUCUCGUCUCGUGUUCCACUCUGUAACAGAACCAUGUCGUUGGGUCUCGUCUCGUGUUCCACUCUAUAACAGAACCAUGUCGUUGGGUCUCGUCUCGUGUUCCACUCUGUAACAGAACCAUGUCGUUGGGUCUCGUCUCGUGUUCCACUCUGUAACAGAACCAUGUUGUUGGGUCUCGUCUCGUGUUCCACUCUGUAACAGAACCAUGUUGUUGGGUUCUAUCUCAUGUGAAAUACAGUGCAUGCAUUUUGCUCGUUGUAAUUAUAAUGUGCACAUUUUCACCCCAGACAUUACACAUCCCCUUUAAGCAGAAUAUUUAUUUUCCGUAGUUAGAUAUUGCAGAUUUUGUGCUUAUGUUGUACAGCUGUUUGAUUUGUCCCAGCCAGCUCUCUGUUCCAGCAUUCUCCUGUGAUUUAUAUAUCCACACAGCUCAAAGCUUGCUGCCCUCGCAGUUUUAGUCCAUUACAUUAUUUAAUUUAUCUACAUGCGUUUUAUUUAUGAACUGCCACUGAAGCAGUUUUUUCCAUUUCUUUUUUUUGCUAACUUUCGAAUAUUUGAAGAGAAAGAAAUUGGCAUGUUGUCACAGGGUUUUUCAAAUCAGCCGUGGCUGCCUGCUUCCCUUCCUACUCUGAGAUGAGAUUUGUUUAAAGUAUUUUAAUAUUUAUAAUUAGUUAAUGGACCUGAUCAUAUUUAUUAAGUCUACGGUAAGCACUUAUUUCAUAGUCGCUUUGGGUUGCCUCCCAAAUUACAUUCUAUUCCCUAUGUAGUGCACUAUCAAGCCCUGAUCAAAACAAGUAAACUAUAUGGAGAAUAGGUUGCCAUUUGGGACGCCCCCUCCUCAAAGUAAUAUCAUUUUGGAUGCCCCCUCCUCAAAGUAAUAUUAAUGAGUUAAUGCCCUGAACGGGGUCCUUGGGCCCAAGGAACAGACCAUAUGGUGCCUAAGCCUGAGUAAAAUUAUCGAAUUAUUCUACUACUAAGCAGGGAAGUAGACAGGGGAGUUUUAGGGUUCUGUAAGGACCCAUACCAGACUGGUGUUGAAGGUUCUGGAAGGACCCAUACCAGACUGGUGUUGAUGGUUCUGUAGGACCCAUACCAGACUGGUGUUGAAGGUUCUGUAAGGACCCAUACCAGACUGGUGUUGAAGGUUCUGUAGGACCCAUUCCAGACUGGAGUCGAAGGUUCUGUAGGACCCAUACCAGACUGGUGUUGAAGGUUCUGUAAGGACCCAUACCAGACUGGUGUUGAAGGUUCUGUAGGACCCAUACCAGACUGGUGUUGAAGGUCUUAGACCCAUACCAGACUGGUGUUGAAGGUUCUGUAAGGACCCAUACCAGACUGGUGUUGAAGGCUCUGUAGGACCCAUACCAGACUGGUGUUGAAGGGUAUAGGAAGGUUCUGUAGGACCCAUUCCAGACUGGUGUUGAAGGCUCUGUAGGACCCAUACCAGACUGGUGUUGAAGGGUAUAGGAAGGUUCUGUAGGACCCAUACCAGACUGGUGUUGAAGGGUAUAGGAAGGUUCUGUAGGACCCAUACCAGACUGGUGUUGAAGGGUAUUUGAAGGUUCUGUUAAAGGCAUGUAAUGAUACAGAUUCUUCAUCGAUGUGCUCCCCCUGUACAUUCAUGUUUAUCUUUUGUUUCUGUUUUGUUCUCACUGUUCUUAUUAACUACUGUUUGAAACAAUGAAUCAUAAAUAAAAACCUUUUUUUUUUUUAAAGAUGUCAAAGAUUUAAAACCCAACUAGUAAAAAAGGGUGUUUGUUGAAUCCGCUACCUUGAUGUCAGAGUUCGGGUUUCUCUUACCUUCAGGCUGAUGACUGAGCCUGAUUGAGUCUGUCACUUAACUGUGUGCACUUUGCUAAGUCCUCUUUGUGAAUGUGAGGAUUUCGACUUGACCAUUGAUUGUCCUUUUUUAACUGUUAAACUACGUUACCCAUGCUGCACCACAGCCUGUUUUCAAAAACAUAUAAGGAAUAUUUUAGCCUGUUGAAUUUUCAUGGUCUUGGAAAUAUUAUAUUGUGCUAUUGGAAUGUGCUAAUAAAGUGAUAUUUUUUAUACAA